AUGAAAGUCUUCGAAUCCACAUGUACAUUCAACUACUCAUGGGACGAAGUUUCCACGGCCAACUGGCGUAAAUACUGUCCAUGGAACGAGAAGUCUACCCAUGUCAUCGCGGUAGAUGUGCUCGCUCAUGAUAUCAACCCAGAGACCGGAAUUUUACGAACAGAACGUCUGAUAACAUGCAACCAGACGGCUCCUCAAUGGAUCCUUAAACUCUUCGGAGGCAGUUCAACCUCUCACGUGUACGAGGUAUCCUACGUCGACCCACGAUCCAAGAAAGUCACCAUGUGCUCUACCAAUCUAUCAUGGGCCAAUGUUCUUAAGGUUCGGGAGGUCGUCACCUAUCAGCCAUCCAUCUCGAUGCCCGGAAGCAAGACGGACUUCAAGCAAGAGGCCCAAAUAACCGCCAUGUGCAGCGGAUGGCAGAAGAUCAAGAACAAGAUCGAGGAUGUGAGCGUAGAAACCUUCAGCCAAAACGCGAAGAAAGGCCGAGAAGGGUUUGAAUCUGUUCUCGAGAUGAGCCGGAGAGUAUUCUUGGAACACAAGAAAGAGAUGGAUGCCCAACGCGCACACCAAUGA